CCCGGCCCCGGAUCACCAAAGCGAGCGCCCCCCGCCGCCCUCGCGCCAGCCGGUCCCCGACGCGCCGCCCGCCGCCACCGCCGGGAAGGCAGCCGGCGCCGAGCAAAGUUGCGAGCGCGCCUCUCCGCCCGGGGAAAGUUUCCCCCGCGGCCGCUGGCGGGAGUUGGCGCGGGGUUUGGCCGCUACCGCUGGAAGGUAGGGGCUCUGUACCUCCGUGCCUUUCGUGCGCCCCGCCGCGCCCUGGACGAUUUGGGGAUCCGAGCGCGCUCCCCUCGGUCGACUGUUGGGCACGAGUUUAUCCUGAAGCCACCAUCUGAAAGAGACCUCAAGAGAAUCUUGACACCCCUGCAAGGAAAAGACACCAGCUGAGAAAGGUGGGCAUCUCCUGGACAGCCCUGAGCUUGCAGCGGCCAGACCUUCUGACACUGGCAUCAAAGCAGCGUGAACCCUUUGAAUCUGAACUUCUAAAAAGUGGACACAAUCUUUUUCCAGACUUCUCAACGCUGGCUACCCAGGACAGGCUGGGCCCAUAAAAGAAAUAUACAGGAACCCCUGUGACCGGGAGACUCUGUCCUGCUGACACCCAAAGAACUGCCCAGGUGGAGAACCAUGGAAGGUGACUGUCUAAGCUGCAUGAAGUAUCUAAUGUUUGUUUUCAAUUUCUUCAUAUUUCUUGGGGGCGCCUGCCUGCUGGGCAUCGGCAUCUGGGUCAUGGUGGACCCCACCGGCUUCCGGGAGAUUGUGGCUGCCAACCCCCUGCUCAUCACGGGAGCCUACAUCCUCCUGGCCAUGGGGGGCCUGCUUUUUCUGCUCGGCUUCCUGGGCUGCUGUGGGGCCGUCCGGGAGAACAAGUGUCUGCUGCUGUUUUUCUUCCUGUUCAUCCUGAUCAUCUUCUUGGCAGAGCUCUCGGCGGCCAUCCUGGCCUUCAUCUUCAGGGAAAAUCUCACCCGCGAGUUCUUCACCAAGGAGCUCACCAAGCACUACCAGGGCAACAACGACACAGAUGUCUUCUCUGCCACCUGGAACUCUGUCAUGAUCACAUUUGGUUGCUGUGGGGUCAAUGGGCCUGAAGACUUUAAAUAUGCAUCAGUUUUCCGACUCCUGACUUUGGACAGUGACGAGGUGCCAGAGGCCUGUUGCCGGAGAGAACCCCAGAGUCGGGAUGGGAUCCUGCUGAGCAGGGAGGACUGCCUCCUGGGAAGGGACCUGUUCCUGAACAAGCAGGGCUGUUACACGGUGAUCCUCAAUGCCUUCGAAACCUAUGUCUACCUGGCCGGAGCCCUCGCCAUAGGGGUGCUGGCCAUCGAGCUUUUUGCCAUGAUCUUUGCCAUGUGCCUCUUCCGGGGCAUCCAGUAGAGGGCGUGGCCUGCAGCUUGAAGACUCACCCUGCCCACCACCGCCCAGCACCCAAUGCCCUCCCCUCCCCCACACCUCUGCCCUCUAGGCCCUGGGGGAGGAGGUGAGGCCAUCGUGAUGGCCAGGAGAAGGGGCAGAGGAAAAUAGCUAUUUUUUUUAACUAAACAAAAUGAAGACAAAAAUAGGGACUGAUGUCGCCUGUCCGGACUCCAGAGUAGUGUUGCGGGCUCUCUGCAGGGGCCCCAGCACCAGGACGCAGUCUGCACUAGAGACCAAAGCAGCACCAGAGCCAGGCGCCAUCCUCGGCCCAGACGGAUCUGGCAGCCCCGGACCUGGGCUGUCAACUCCUAGCUUCAGGACCCGACGCCAAGAAAGUAAGGAUUAAGACAAGAAGGCAGCCAAAGGAAAUUGUGGAGAGAGGUUGCCAAAGCCCAGGGGCCCCAAGAAGAGCCGUCCUUAAGGAUUUGGAACCCACGUGAAGUCCCUGGUCCUCGGAGGAUGGCGCUGUCCCUGCUUCAGACUGGGGCCGAGAGGGGGCUGCAGACACUGGAUCCACGAAUGGCCCAGCUGGUAGGGUCCAUGCUUCCCCCAUCUGUUGGACCGAAUAAUCCAGAAAGCCGAGCGAGAGGGGCAGUUUCUCAUUCACAGCCCACAGUACACACACGACAGUUCUGAACAAGAACCCCGCCAUCCCCAGACUGCCGGUCACUCCCUCCCAGGCUCUUGGUCCCGGCAGACCUGCUGCUCACACCCGACCCUGGCCUCAGCAUCCUGGUUACCCCAGAAGACAGAGGGCAGGAUGGUCAGGAACUGCCUCUUCCUGGCUCCACAGCUAAGAAAAUUCUGGACUCUGCCCUCUCUCCCACCUUCCCACACUUCUAAACCCCAGGAAUACACACACGUACACACACCCCAGCCCCUUUUCUGCACUGCCUGCCUUUCCUCACAAGCUGUCCCGUUUUCCAACUCUCUGGCUCCCGGGGCUGGAAGGAACCCCCAAGAUCAUGUGGUUCUCCUCUCCCCACUCAGAAUUGAGGCUUGGAUGUCUUCUGCAAGAUCCCUGCCAAGACUGCUCCACCUUCUUGCACACCUCCAAGGACAGGGAGCUUACUACCUCCCAAGACAGGCUGCUGCCUUUAGACUGCUCUGACUUUAGCAUCAGCUGAAUACACAGGAAAGGUUUCUGUUUUUCUGUGGUUCCGUCCAACGCAUCCCACACGCUCUGGCUUCUUCCCGAAGUGUUAAGACCACACAUUGUUCCCCUGUUAUCUCCAGGCUAACGAACCCAGGGCAUCUCAUCA